CACCGUAGAGCACAAACACGUGUGUAAUGUAAUAUGAUUCAUUUCAGCUUACGCGGAGUGAACAUAUAAAUUAAAACCAUAAGGGACCGAUGCUUUUGCCAAAAAGGUGAUAGCGCUGGUUUAUGUUGUCGACGGAGUCAUGGCUUCUGCGGAGCAGCGGUGUGUGUUUUCGCUGUGUGCGGAUGAGACGGUGACCGCUGGGCUUAGAGAGGUGUCUGGACUGCUGGGUCAUCCUGAACCUCCCCUGCUCUCUGCUAACACGUCCAGUGAGGAUGUUGGCUCAAUGAAAACUGCAUCCGCCGUUGAGGUGUCCGACAAGAUGUUCUGCUCGGCCUGUCGGUGUCAUUUUGAGAGUCGAGAGGAGCAGAUGGAGCAUUACAAACUUGACUGGCACCGCUUCAACCUGAGACAGCGGCUGGAAGGAAGAUCAGUGGUCACCGUGGAGGAGUUUGAGAAGAAGACUGGCACAGGUGACAUUUCAAGCAUUUCGGGUUCAGACUCAGACAGUGAGGAUGGGGAUCUUGGAGAUGAAGUGGGCCCUGAAGAGACAGACAGUGCUCUGGACACAGAUCAGUCCACAUGUCGACAUUCUACCAAAGCAGUCUUUCAAAACAUGCAGGGACAGUUCCUGUCAUUGUAUCGCUGUGUUCUGCAAAACAAAAAGGACAAUGAAGAAGACUUGGUUUCCUCUUUACUGAAAAUAUCAAAUAACACUGUUUGGGUCAUUCUGAUGACUGGCGGUGGACACUUUGCUGGAGCGGUUUUUAAGGGAAAAGAGAUUGUGCAGCAUAAGACGUUUCAUCGGUACACGGUGAGAGCGAAGCGAGGGACCGCACAGGGACUGAGGGACUCUCAGAACCGCAGCCACGCUCCUAAAUCUGCAGGGGCAGCCCUCAGACGUUACAACGAGGCAGCGCUGCACAAGGAUAUUCACGAUCUUCUAGAAAGCUGGGCUGAGUAUUUGAAGGAGGCAAGUGCCAUCUUCCUGCGAGCACCGAGUUACAAUAAGACCAUAUUUCUUGGAGGUCGUGGAGCACCACUGGACAAAAAAGAUCAGAGAGUCCGGGUACUUCCUUUUGCCACCCGUAGAGCAACAUUUAGAGAAAUACAGCACGUUUUUGAUCUCCUUUCAACUCUACACGUUUAUCAAAAGGACACUGAAAUCUCCAGUAUUUUCAGUCUUUCAAAGAGAGUGUGGAAGAAGAAAACUCCUAAACCUGUUAGUCAUCCAGUCCCAAACAUCAAUGUGCCUACAGAUGGAGAAGAGGGUAAAGAAGAAAGUUCAGGGGAGGAAGACUCAGGAAUGCUAGAGACAGUGGAGGAGACACUGGGAACUCUGGACCUCAGAGAACAUGAGGUGCAGCUUAAUAAGAAGAAAAGGAGGAAACGGAAAGAGAAGAGAGAAGAUUCGAGCAACAGAGAAAUAAUAACUGAAGAAAAGGUAGAUGAUAAACUACUGGAAGAAGGUGAACUGGAAGGUGAAGAUGACUCUAAAGAGACGCAGAGAAAGUCAAAGAGCAGGAGGAAACCGAAAGGCAAAAAACGUCAGCCAGAAGAAGAAAAAGUGGAUGAGUCUUGGGAAUAUAGUUUAAGGGACGCUCUCUACACCGCCUGUAAAACGGGGGACAUCCAAUCAUUACUCACCCUCCUGCAACUACCAGAGGACCAGGAAGAGGAAAAGGAUAGAGAAGAGAAGAACACCACCUCUAGGGUGUCAUGUCUUCUCAACAAGCCCAUAGACUCAGCAGGCUUUACUUUACUGCAUGUGGCAUCAGCAGCUGGACAGAAAUCAGUCAUCAGACUGUUAAUGGAUGAAGGGAGUGAUCCAGCUAACAAGGAUAAGAAAGGACAGACUCCAUAUGGCGUUGCUCCUGAAAAAGAUACCCGCGACACAUUUAGAAAAUACAUGGCUGAACACCCUCAUAAGUAUGACUACACUAAAGCACAGGUGCCUGGACCACUGACUGAAGAAAUUGAGUCCAAAAAGGCAGAGAAGAAGAAAGCCCAAAAAGCAGCACGGAAACAGAGAGAGAAAGAGCAAAAAGAAGAGAAACUUAAGAAGCAGCAAGAAGAGGAGGAAAAGAGGAGGUUCAUAGCUCUUAGUGACAGAGAGAAGCGAGCUCUGGCUGCGGAGAGGAGAUUGGCUGAACAUAUGGCCACAACUGGAGUAUCACUCACUACCAUCAGGAGAUGCUUUCAGUGUGGAGAGUCAUUACUGGGGAAGAUUCCUUUUGAAUAUCUGGACUACUCUUUCUGUUCGCCUCGCUGUGUCCAAGCCCACCGCAAAGCCAAUGCAGCAGCCCGGCCCUGACCUCUCACCUCUCACAUCCUACCACACAGCAUUAGAGGACGUGAAGGUGUGGUGCCAUAUUGUGGACAUAUUUCAUUUUACAUGAUCUGGGAGUUGACUGGAUUUUACAAGAAACAUAUCAAGGAUUUCACAGUUAUCUUUGAAAUGACAAGACUAUGAUAGAUUACCUGAAAUCAGAGAAGAGAAUGAUUAAUAAGAUUGAUUCACAGAAAUCUUGAAUAUCUGUAAUUUAACAUGGCUACUCUGAUAUUGUAUUACUUUUCAACUCAAAUCAGGACACAGACCAACCACUGUGUUUCAAAAAAAGUUCUACAUCUUCAUGAGAUAAUAGCUCAUUAUAAGUCAUAGUUAAUUCAGAACUGUAAAGUAAAAUCAUGGCGUGUUUUAUGUUUUACAAUGUAAAACUCACACAUUUUUGGUAAAAAUGUUGUUGAAGUUUAUUCUUUUACAUUGUUUGGCAGCUGCUGCAGUUUUAGAUUGUACAAAUACAGUUGAAAUCAUCAUUGAUAUGAUUCUUUUGGUGUAAUACUGUUUCCAAACUAGCAUGAUUUAUGAUAAAGAAAAAAGGUAUAUGAUUGACAGCACAGAAUGCUACAGUCACUGAAAUUAA